AUGGCGCCGCGCAUCAACAUCCCGCCCGUCACCCGCGUGCUCCUCGUCACCCUCGUCGCGCAGUCGCUCCUCAGCGCCGCCAUCCGCUACCGCCAGUGGAGCGAGACGACCAGCAUCGUCAUCCCCUACCUGACGCUCAUCCCGCAGCUGUCGCUCGUCUACCCCUGGACGUUCCUCACCAGCACCCUCGUCGAGAGCAACAUCUUCACCCUCGCCAUUGCCUGCUUCACCCUCUACCAGGGCGGCCGCUACCUCGAGCGCGCCUGGUCCUCGGCCGACCUCGCCAAGUUUCUCGUCAUCGUGUCCCUGGUCCCCAACGUCAUGACUUUUGCCACCAUGGUGUUUUUCUUUACCCUGACGCGCAACGAGCGCUGGACCCUCAGUACCAUUGCCGGCACCAUCCCCCUCCAGAUCUCCUUUCUCGUCGCCUUUAGCCAGCUCGUCCCCGCUCACACCGUCACCCUCUUCCGCGGCGUCGUCUCCCUGCGCGUCAUGCGCACCCCGAUCCUCUACACCGGCCUCGUCGCCGUCCUCGGCCUCACCCCGCUGCUCUCCCGCGCCGCCGCCUGGCAGGCCGCCUACGGCUUCCUCGCCAGCUGGACCUACCUGCGCUUCUACAAGACCGUCUUCCCCGACCUCGACGCCUCCCAGCCCACCUCGCUGCGCGGCGACGCCUCCGAGACGUUUGCCUUUGCCGAGUUUUUCCCCGCCCCCGUCAAGCCCGCCGUCGCGGCCCUCGCGAACCAGGUCUUUGACGUACUCGUGGCCGUGCGUCUCUGCACUCCCUUCUCGGCGGCGGACAUGUCGGCGGCGCGCGGAGAUCUGCUGCAGCGCCGGGGUGGCGGUGGUGGUGGUGGUGCUCCCGGUGGUGCGCGGGCCGAGGCAGAGAGACGCAGAGCCAUUGCUCUCCGCGCCCUGGAUCAGCGUCUGAAUGCGGCCACGAAUGCGGCCCCCAAGCAGGCGCCGCAGCCUGCUGCCCAGACAGCCGGUCCCCCGGUCGAGACACAACCGCAGACGACGCAGGCGGCCAUGACGAGCGAGGGCCAGAUGCUGGGCGAGACCAAGUUUGAGCCGGAAAGUGACAGCGGCAAGAACUAA